AUGUUGCCACACACAGCAUUGGUUCUUGCAUUUUCUAUCCUACUCUCCCUUCCUGUGAUCGUCAUUCUUGGGCCCACAGUAUUAACCCAAAGCCACCUCCAUCUCCCAUUCUCCCCACAAGACGAACUUGACGACCUCUCCCUCUUCACGCUCGCUUCCACGUUCCACCACCACGCGCCACCCCAACACAAACCUUCUAGAAUCUUCCAAUUCUCCUAUCAAACCAAACCAAAGCCCAAGAUCGCAUUCCUCUUCCUCACCAACACCGACCUCCACUUUGCCCCUAUAUGGAACCUCUUUUUCCAUGACCAACCCACCAACCUAUAUAACAUCUACAUCCACAAAGACCCUUCCGUGAACCUCACGCGCCCCGUCGAGGGAGUUUUCAAGAACCGCUUCAUCCCUUCCAAGAAAACUGCACGCGCCUCGCCAACCUUAAUAUCCGCCACACGCCGUCUCCUCGCCCACGCGCUCCUCGAUGACCCUGAGAACGCGUACUUCGCACUCCUCUCGCAGCACUGCAUCCCUCUCCACUCCUUCCCUUACGUCUACCGCUCCCUCUUUUUCUCCACCACGUUCGACUCGCCCGGGUUGACCCGACCAACUCAGACUCACCGGAGCUUCAUCGAAAUCCUCACCCACGCGCCGAGACUCUGGAACCGAUACAUCGCGAGGGGCAGGUUCGCGAUGCUUCCGGAGGUGAAGUACGAAGACUUCCGAGUUGGAUCGCAGUUUUUCACACUCACGCGCCCCCACGCGCUCCUGGUGGUGAGGGACCGCGCGUUGUGGAGAAAAUUUAGAAGUCCUUGCUACAAGAAGGACGAGUGUUAUCCAGAGGAACACUAUUUUCCUACGUUGUUGUCAAUGAUGGAUCCUGAGGGCUGCACCAAUUAUACGUUGACACAUGUCAAUUGGACAGGGACUAAAGGUGGACACCCUUAUUCUUAUAAGCCCCAGGAGGUUUCCGUUGAACUGAUUAGUCGAUUGAGGGAAUCAAAUUUCUCUGAAUCUUACCUCUUCGCCAGGAAGUUCACCCCUGAUUGCUUACAACCCUUGUUGUACAUUGCAAUGGCCAUUUUCAAGGACUAAAAUUCAUUAAGAUCAUCAUACAUGGUGGAAUUUCAGUGAAGACAGGAGGAUAUGUAGCUAAAUGGAAUUGAUGCAUAUUGUUCAUAGUCGCUAUAUUAAACUUUCUUGGGGGCAUAUAUAUGGUAUGAAGAGGCUUAUCCCUCUGGAACUCUAACAACGACAGAAAAAUACACAUGCAACAUAACAUGGAAUUAUAUUAGGAUUUGAACAAAUUAAACAAAAAUUGUAAACAGCUAUGCUGUAACUUCAAAAUUUGAAUGGCAAGGAGGUCUAGUGUAGCUAGCUUAGUGUCUUUUUUUUUUAUGAGUUGAAAAAGAAAGCUGAGUGUCUUUUAUUCGUAAAUUUGGUAGUUGUCAUUGGAUAAUGAUAGCCGACCCCACUUAGUAGGACAAGGCUUUGUUGUUGUUGUUGUUUGUCAUUGGAUAAUGAUGCAUGUAAUUUUCUUGCAUGGUUGGGCUUUUUAAUUAGUUAGUGAAGUUGCUUU